UUGUUUACUGUAACUUUAGCUCUGACAAAGUAGCAACAAUGACAAUGACAUCAGCGCAAAAAUUUAAAGAUAAAAAACCACCUCGUCACCAAAUUACAGCCUGAAUCAGGAAGUCCAGAAGUGUCAUGUGAUAUGAAAAAAAAAAUGGCUUCGGUGCAGUGGCGCUCUCGUGGGCGAAACUAUGAGGCAGAGCUGCAGAGGUGUCAUCCUGAGGGACUUCCUGUCGAGUUCGGAGACUACCAUCCCCUCAAGCCUAUCAUGGUCACAGACACAAAGACCCGCCGUGGAGCUCGCAAAGGCAGCACCUCCUCAUCUUCCUCCUCAUCCUCCUCAGCACCCGUGGACCCCCUCAGCUCCAUGCUGGACGGGACAGACCCCCUGUCCAUGUUUGCCGCCACCGAGACAUCGGCGGCCGCGUCCCACAGCAGCUCCGUGGGGGAUCUCGGGAGGAAGAGGAGGGUAAAGGAGGAAGAGGCCCUUGGAGCCGACUUUGAGCCCUGGUCAACGAAACGAGGAGAAAUCCUGGCCAGGUUCACCACCACUGAAAAACUGUCCAUUAAUCUCUGUAUGGGCUCUGACAGAGGAAAAGCUCCCAAUCCAGGAUCGUCGGCCGUUUCAGAGAAAGUCCGCACUCGCCUGGAGGAGCUGGACGAUUUGGAGGAGGGUUCCCACAGGGAGCUCCUCAACCUCUCCCAGCAGGAUUACGCCAACCGCAUCGAGGAGCUCAACCAGUCCCUGAAGGAGGCCUGGUCCUCCGACCAGAAGGUCAAAGCCCUGAAGAUCGUCAUCCAGUGCUCCAAACUUCUGUCCGACACGUCUGUGAUCCAGUUCUACCCCAGCAAGUUCGUCCUCAUCACCGACAUCCUCGACACUUUCGGCCGUCUGGUGUAUGACAGGAUCUGGACCAUGUGUUCAGACCCCAGACCUCUGCCGGACUCCUUCACAGUAGAAGAUGUGAACGACACGGCGAAGGAGACGUGCCUCAACUGGUUCUUCAAGAUCGCCUCCAUCAGGGAGCUGCUGCCCCGACUAUAUGUGGAAGCUGCUAUCCUCAAGUGCAACCGUUUCCUCAGCAAGUCAGGAAUCCAGGAGACCCUUCCCCGGCUGACUGCCAUGAUCCGUGGGAUGGGAGACCCUCUGGUUGCCGCCUACGCCAGAGCUUACCUCUGCAGGGUGGGCAUGGAGGUGGCGCCCCACCUGAAGGAGAGUCUGAACGCCAACAUCUUCGAUCUGCUCACCACCUUCAGGCAGAUCAGCGGUGACAGCGUCCAGAAGCAGCUGCACUUGCAGAAGGUGGAGGUGCCGGCGUACCUGAUGCUCUACUCGCCCGCCAUCAACUGGAUCCUGCAGUGCGUCGCGUACAGAGCUCCGGAGCCACUUCUCACAGAGAUGAUGGAGAGAUGCAAGAUGAUGGCAAAUAAGUGAGUAGACCGAGCAGAAAGGGGCGGGACAUUGUGGACUUAGAGUUUCAUCAUGA